UCCAUCCAUGGAAGUAGUAAGAGAUUUGAGUAUUUCAAGAUCUGAAGUAUUGCCUGUUCUGGAACAAAGCUCCUCUAUUGAAGGCUCCUCCAGUAUAUCUCUUAAUUUGAGUAAACUAUCAGAUAUUGUAGUACCAGAUAUGGAUUCCAGAAUGACAUUGAAUACUAUAUCGGCUGUUAUUGAAGAAGAGACUAUUCAAACUGAUCCUUUGGAUGUUGAAGUUCCAUUAAUUUUAUCUCCACCUUCUUAUACAAAGAAAAAUUUCAAGAAGCUUUUGGAAGAGGCUAUUACUGAAGGUAAUUGGACAACUUUUAGAUCACUAGUACCAACCUCUAAAUCUCGAACCACUGCUUCAAAAAUCUUUUAUCAUUUACUGGUUGCUGGUGCGAAAGGAAAGAUUUCUUUAACACAAGAAGAGCCAUAUGGUGAAAUCUAUAUCAGCCGAUUUGAAGCCUUUUAGAAAAUAUCCAG